AAUUGCUGUUCCUAAUGCCCGUUCUGGUAGUGCUGUUAUCAUUGUUCCCAGUGAUGGUGGUACUUUUGAUAUUCCUGGUAUAGGUAGUGCUUUUGAUGUUUCCAGUGCUGACAGUUAUGGUACUGGUGGUGCUUCUAGUUGA